AUGCAGUACACACCCUUCAUAUCCGACAUAGAGUUGCCCUUCUACUCGUCACUGGCUUCGCUCAAGGUUGACCAUGACAAGCUCGAUGACUCCGCACGCAAAGUCCUGGGCUUGUAUGAGAUAAAGCCAUCCGAUCGCCCUGAAGAGUCUUGCCGUAUGCAAAUACUAGGAAAUGCCUUGCUUAAAGAUGAUGUCCCGGCUGGCUACUAUCGAGCAGAAGGUAUGAUCAAGAACGUAAAUACGAUAGAGGAGUACCGAAAUGCGGACAAACCCGCAAUCUUACAGCUAGCAGGGAAAACUAUAUGGGAUGCUAUUAAUGAUGGGACAAUAUAUUCGUGCCCUUCGUUACUUAGCUCUUUCACGGUCCUUUCAUUUGCGGAUCUCAAGAAAUACAAGUUCUCUUACUGGUUUGCGUUUCCAGCAAUCCAUUGCAGUCCGCCAUGGGCGCCAGCAGCUGACUCCACUGGCAAGGAAGAGACCGAGUCCACUGGCCAUAAAUCUUCUAGUAACGCAUCACAGCAGUUAACUGGGCCUGAGACUGGGACUUUGGUGGAAGCCGUACAGACUUGGCGGUACGGGGUUGACGCUCGCCAGCAUGGCUUUUUUCUCGCCAAAAAGGUUCAGGCUGCAGCUUCCGACAGCGAGCCGAUAGAGAAGCAAUAUGAAUGGCGUAUUUCCUCGCUUUCUGGGUAUGAGGAAGGGUUCUUCAAUGGUUCCAAGGAAGAAAAUUGUUUUCUCUGCUUUGCGGAUCCCUCCAACUAUGAGGACGCACCCAGCUGGGUGCUGAGGAACCUCCUGGCCCUCGUCCAGAAAAGAUGGAAGCUCAAUAGAGUCCAAAUUAUGAGAUACCGAGACGUUCAUUCAAAAAGAGACCAAGGAAGGACAUUGAUCAUGACACUAGAAACCAGCACUUCCCAGGCCGCCACCAGCGUCGAUGGAAGUGACGCGCAGCCAACAUUGCCUAAAAUAACAGGAUGGGAGCGAAAUUCCGCUGGCAAGCUUUCUGGUCGAACAGUUGACCUCAAAGAAUACAUGGAUCCACAAAGAUUGGCCGAUCAAUCUGUAGAUUUGAACCUCAAGUUGAUGAAAUGGAGGAUCAGCCCUAACCUUAAUCUUGAAGGUAUCAAAAAGACAAAAUGUUUGUUAUUAGGCGCUGGGACACUUGGAAGUUAUGUUGCAAGAAACCUGCUCGGUUGGGGUGUUAGUAAAAUCACAUUUGUUGACAAUGGAUCUGUUUCCUUCUCGAACCCUGUUCGGCAGCCUCUGUUUAACUUCAAGGACUGUCUAGAGGGAGGCGCUAAGAAGGCUUUGCGCGCUGCGGAAGCUCUUAAAGAGAUUUAUCCGGGUGUUGACUCGACUGGACAUGUACUCUCGGUGCCGAUGGCCGGGCAUCCGGUGGUUGAUGAAGAAAAAACAAAAUCAGACUUUGACUUGCUCAAGAAGCUUGUCGACGAGCACGACGCCAUAUUUCUAUUAAUGGAUACCCGAGAAUCCCGGUGGCUACCAACAUUGUUAGGUAAAGCAAUGGGAAAGAUAGUUUUGAAUGCCGCUCUUGGAUUUGACACGUUUGUGGUUAUGCGCCAUGGCUCCGUCAAGACAGCAGGAUCCCAAGAUGGACUUGGAUGUUACUUUUGCAACGAUGUCGUUGCACCAGCCAAUUCCAUCAAAGCGCAGACUCUGGACCAACAGUGUACUGUCACAAGGCCCGGUAUUGCUGCAAUCGCAUCCGCUCUUUUGGUAGAGCUCUUCGUAUCCAUUGUGCAACAUCCCCAUGGUGCUGAUGCUCCUGCGACUACUUCGCUUGAGGAAGACGGAAGUGCCGAGCCCCACCCGCUUGGUAUAGUACCGCAUCAAAUUAGGGGCUACCUCUCCAGGUUUAACAAUGUUGUCGUCACUGGCAAAGAUUACCCAUUCUGCAGCGCCUGCUCCAGUAGGAUCCUUGACUUGUACUUACAGGAUGGCUGGAACUUCGUUAAGAGGGCCAUGAAUGAGAAAUCAUAUAUCGAGGAAGUAAGCGGGCUUAAAGAGGUCCAGCGUCUGGCUGACGCAGCUGCCGAGGAGAUGGCGUUUUCCGAGGCAGAUAAUACCGAUGAUGAUGAACUGGUCGAGAUUUAA